AUGGACGCGGCUGUGACGCCGCAGAUCUGGUCACGGCCCAUUCAUCGCAUGGCCGCAAUCCCUCCAUCUCGUGUGAACCCUGUCGGGUCAACGUCAUGCCAAUGCGGCGGCCCAGAGCGACCCGGAGCUCCAGCCCGCCAGCACGGCCACAAGGCUGCGCCGACCUUGCAAUGUGCCAGUCCAGUGAAUGCUCCAUCCGCCUGA